GAUCUCCACGUCGAAACGCGCACGACUGCCCGACGGAACAACACCGACCGCGCGGACUCUCUCCUCGCCAUGGACGUCGCCGCGUUCUCCGAGGACAGCUUCGACGUGAAGGAGUGGAUCAACCGGACGUUCAAGUCCGUCGAAGCGCAGGAGAACAAGGACGCUUUUGUUUCAUCAUUAGUGAUGAAGUUGCAAUUAUAUGUGCAACAAGUUAACAGUGCCUUAGAGGAGACCAGUCAAUCGGUUCUCUCCAGUUUACCAAGAAUUUUAAGAGACACUCAACUCCUGCAGCAAGAAACGUUGGCACUGAGAGAAAAAAUGGUUGCUGUCAAGCAAGAGAUCGCAAAGAUCGAGAAAGAUACGGCCUCUUCUAUGGCGAUGCUGGAGAAGAUCGAUAGGAUAAAAACGGAAUUACAAACUGCUAAGCAAGGAUUACACGAAGCCGACAAUUGGACAGUAUUAGCGAACGAUGUGGAAGAGGUAUUCGAGUCUGGCGAUAUAGAAGCUAUAUCUAAUAAAUUGUUUAGCAUGCAGAAAUCACUAACUAUACUCGCGAAUGUUGUCGAUUACGAGGAUAAAAAGCUGCAGCUAGAAGGCUUGAAAAAUCGCCUCGAGGCGAUAGCUAGUCCGCGAUUGGUCCAAGCUUUCACUGCUUCCAAUUUAGAGCAAUCGAAAACUUACGUGGAUAUCUUUGGUAAGAUGGAACGUUUGCCUCAGCUUCUCAAAUACUAUCACAACUGCUUAAAGGUCUCUUUAGGUCAAGAAUGGAGACGCACUAUUGAACUGGCGCAAGAUGAAAAUGUUACCUAUUGGCUACGUGUAUAUUAUGACAAAUUGUUAUCCUCUUGGCAUGAACAGGUAAAAUGGUGUCAUCAAGUCUUUCCUAAUACUUCGAUAGAUAUUCAUGUUGAAAUUUACGCUGAUCUACUAAGGAGUCUCGAUCCAGGUAUUCUAGAAUGUAUAGAGGCGAUUCUCAAACAACAUUCCAACUCGGUGCAAUUGACCAUUCUACUCGAAUUGAAACAGAUGACAAAGCAUUUUGCUACAAACCUUAAAGGUGCUAUCGAAACGUCGCUUCGUGGAAAAUUGCAGAAUGAAAAAUUACUGUCGCUAGCACAAGCUGUAUACGCGCCUUACGUUCCUUACGUCGCGAAAUAUAGCACGUUCCAAACAGCGCAAUUAGAACACCAUCUACAGUUUUGGCAUCAUUCACAUGAUGAUUUAAGCGAUACUAUUAACUCCCUCUCUCUUAGUAUUUCGCGGAUUAUGGGCCAUGCUAGUGAAGCCAAUAAGCAAUGUAAGCUUUUUACGGAAGGUUGUGGGUAUCCCGGUUUACUGCAAUCUUUAAACAUUUUUUUCAAUAAAUACCUCGAGAAAUAUCAGCAAGGUCUGAGACAACUUGAGAGAAAGAAAGUGAGACGCGAAGAUUGGAAUUUAUUCCAAAUGUGUCUUACGUUGAUGCAAAAUAUAGGUGAUCUCUUGCAUCAAGUUCAACAAUUUGAAAAGUCGCUUGUAAUCGACAUAACCGAAGCUAGUAAUAAAUUACAAAACACAAACGGUAGCGUUUUUAGUCAGUAUAAAAAAUUACUGUUAACUUCGACAGGAUGCGCUGAUCUAGAAAAUCUUGUUGCAUCUUUCCAAAAAGAGGAUAAUACAAUUCUCGAUUCGAUUAUAAAAUCUAUUCAAAAACUCUGCACUGAUUUACAUCACAUCACGUACGAAGUCAUUUUUGCGCCAAUAUUCUCUCAACUAUUGCUGGUGCAAAAGGCACCGGCUUGGACAUUGGAGGCUAACAAAAUGUCCAAUCUAAGUUCAGAUUUACCCGAUUAUAGUUUUGCCCCUCAAGAGUAUAUCACACAGGUCGGACAGUAUUUAAUGACGUUGCCACAGCACUUGGAACCGUUUCUGUUGAGGGACAAUCCGAGUCUAACGCAAGCGUUGAAGGCAGCUGAUCCACAAUAUGUUCAAGGCUCAAAUGAAUCUGGAUUUACUAGUAUUCUUUUAGACAUUAUUGCCCGAGGAACGUGUCAAAUGUUCCAGGAUCAAACUUUAGGUAUCUGCCAAUUGAACUCCGUUGCUUGCAAACAGCUCGCAACUGAUAUUGAUUAUCUGGGUAAUGUACUGGAGGAGCUCGGUCUGUGCUUAUCGGAAAACCUUCAACACAUGUCCUUACUGCUGAGAUUACCGUCCGAAGAUUAUCAAAACGGUAGCUCCGGUUGCAAUGCUCGUGUCGUAGCUGCAGUCAGGCAAAUGCGCAAUAUUACGUCUUCCGGCUGACACAAGCCAUGUCAAACCGAUGUUUCAAUGUGAGAAACUUCGUUCCAUGUUUUUAGCAAAGUUAAUAAUUUUGCGAUAUUUGUACAACGUAUUUGCGACUAUUCUAUAAUUGUA